AUGCAGCGUGAGCUCAUCGAGAAGCUGCAGAAGAAGGUGGAUCCGGAGGAAGCGGAGGUCUCGCUGGCGCAAAAGCAAAGGAGCUCCGAGGAGAGCGUGCAGGAAGCCCAUGACGUCUUGAAGCGGGUGAUCCAGAAGCACGCCCACCAGCGGGAGCAUCGGGAGUACCAUCCCGAAGCCCAGAAGCGGAGCUCGAAGCCCUCAGGCGAAGAAGCGGGCGAGGAAGGGCUGGUCCAGAGCCCAAGAGAACAGCGGGCCCUGCUCCAAAAGCGCGAUGAGCGCCUGGGCCCGUUGAAGGAAUGGGGCGAAGAAGCCUACGAUGAAGGGAAGAAGCAGGUUGACAAUGCCAAGAGAACCCUCGAUAAGCAAAUCGACAGUGCCGUCAAGAGGUUGGACGGCACCGGUCUCACCGGCAACGCCUUGACCCAGGCCUACAGAAGAGCCAGAGAGGCGGGGAAUGCCGCUCGGUUCGUGGCCAACACCGCCAUCAGCACGGUGGAGAUGGCCGUGUCGAUCCUGACGGGAGGAUUCGACAACUGGGACGCGAGCUGCACCAAUACUGAGCCAACCAUCGGCGUGACUGGCUCCGAGCUCUACAUAACCUUUGGGCGCCAGCACUGCACUGUCUCCCUCAUGAAUCAAGUCAUGACUCUGUACGACUUCAACUGGGGCAGAAAAGCUGUAAACCUCCCCGUGCUGAGCAUGCUGCCCCAACAGCUCCGGGACCUUGCCACCGCUCCCCUCAACGUGAUCAACGCGCAGAUGACCUUUGCCACUGGGAUCGCGAACUGCGUCAAUGCGGACCAGCCUCUUGGCCUCAUCGAGUGCCUCGGCCACAAAAUCAUCGACCGCGUGCCCCCUCUGAGCUACCUGAACCGCAUCAGCGACAUCCUCACGGAGGUCAUCGAGGUCUUCGCCAGGAUAGCGGGCACGGUUGUGGAGAAGGCGAUGGAGAAGGGCCCAUCUUUGGUGCAAAUGGCUGCCACGGCUAAGUUUCCUGCUGCGGGAGAGCCACCUGUGCUGCACCACAAAGGCACCAACCUCAUCAUCGAGUCGCACACGCAGCAGAUGAAAAGACUCGGCGGCAGCGGGCCUCCUCGAGAGAUGGCUGCCAUGCAAACGAACGCGCGACAGUCACAGGCCGGCGACGACCCCGAUGGUGCCAUCACCUACGACAUGGGAAGCAGUGACGACGUCCAUGCCACAAAACUCAUCACCCAGUUCAAUGGCAGGGAGACAGACACCAGCUCUUGCCUGGCUUUUGCUCCGAAAAAUCGGGCGGGUGACGGUGUGAGCAAAGCCGAUUGGCAGGUUGGCGACCAGAAGGAUUUCCUGAAGCUGGAGCCUUGGGCUGUACCCUGCGACAACGUCUGGAUGAAGGACAACUGGAACAGAUGGCAAGGUUAUACAUUCUACACCCAACCAUCGGCCAUCGAGAAGUGCGUCACUGUGACCUUUAAUCUGGGAAUGCAGCCUGUCGUUGCCUUCGUCGGGGGUUUGCAGUUUGAGAUCUUGCCGGCGCCUCUCUUCGAGCUGGGCACGACGGUCUGCUGGCCGAACCAGCAACCGGGAGGUGUUGACUUGAGCGUGUUGCGAUCCGAGGUGAAGUCUGCGGGCAUCCUGCUCUUCAGCCGCACCUUGCGCCUGACCAAGCGGUUCGGGGGUGGCACGGAUUUCGUUUCUUCCAACUACAAAGGUGGCUACUCGACCUGGCGGAGCAAUGCGGGCAUCGCCCAAGGGGAGACCACGGUGCCCAAGGACGAACUCGGCCGCACGUCUCUGCUGGAGACCAACCAGAGCCACGAUGCAGAGGAGGAAGAGGCCGAGGAAGCCCUGCAAACCCAGUGGAGGACGGACUCGGAGGACCUGUACCUGGCCUCCGUGGACUAUGGCGUGAACCUGAACACCUCUGUCAACAAGACCUUCGAGGCUUUCGGCGAGGAGGCUGCCAUGCACAUGGGCACCGAGAGGGUGGGGAGGGAUGUCUUCAAGCUUUUCAGCUUCAAGAAUCCGGGGUUGGUGAACUUCAAGAUCGAAGGUCUCAUGAACGGCAACAUCCUGGAGAUGGGCAUGGAGAUGGGUUUCGGCCCGUACAGCAGUCCUUCCAAGAGGAUUCCUUUGGUGAACAUCGCCCAUCAGUUCUCCCUCAUUCUUGCGGGCAUGCCUUUCGUAUCAAGUCGAAGCAAGCUUAAAGCCAUCGCCUCUCUCAACGAUUUCUCCAUAAAGGACAUGGGCAAAACUCGGGGGCUCCCCUUGAAGCCAGGCUCCAUCAUUGCACUGUACAGCCCUCACUGCCGGCGCUUCAUGCACAUGAACAGCGACAAACUGGGGGUCACGAGUGAAAUGAACGGCCACGGCGUCCCAGAUCACUGGACCUGGGAACGCUUCACGGUCGUGGACGCCGGGAAUGGGGAGAUCGCACUGCACAGUGCCGUUCACAACCGCUUCGUGGGCACUGGCGGCGUCAGCCCGCAUCGCAAUGUCGGUGACUUGCCCCACGACUGGUCUUCAGAGCGCUUCACGGUGGUAGAGGUCGGAAACGGCGAGAUGGCCUUCUACAACAGGCACCAUAACAGGUUCCUGCAAAUGGCGGCCAACCAUGUGGGACACAGCGGCCACCCACCCAACCCUCCAAAACUUCCAUCCGGCUGGGGUUGGGAGCGCUUCCGUGUCGUGGCAGCGGAGCGGAUCUUGGUCCCCGGCACCACAAUCGCCCUGCACAGCCAGAUCUGGAACCGCUUCGCAAAGAUGUCGGGGGGGAACAUGGAGCGAAGCCCUGAAAAGAGUGCGGUGGAGAUGCCUGACUGGUGGACCUACGAGCGCUUCACCGUGGUGGAUGCGGGACAUGGCCAGAUUGCCUUGCACAACGCCGUCCACAAUCGCUUCAUCGGGGUGGGAGCAGCCAGUCCUCACAGGUUGGUGGAUCAGUUUCCUGCAGAUCACACCAUGGACUUCAGUGGCCACAUGGAUCCACAUCACUUGCCAGAUGGAUGGGCUUGGGAACGUUUCCAGGUGGUGCGCUUGAAGCCGUAUCUUCAGCCGGGUGCUGUGGUGGCCCUCCGUUGUCCGCAUCACGGCCGCUACAUUAAGAUGCUUCCAGGUGCACCGAGCACCCUUCUGCUGGCCAAGGACAACCAGAGUCAAAAUGAGACAUUCUUCCCAUCCUCUGGCUGGGGAAACAUCGGGAACAUCGGACACAACAUCGUACAGCAGGUUAACCAGGCGGCCGAGCAGGCAGCAAGAGCCGCCCGCGAAGCGGCCGAGCGGGCUGCCCGCGAAGCGGCCGAGCAGGCUGCCCGUGAAGCAGCGCUCAGGGGCACCAUCGGUGUCAGCCCUCACAUGGAUGAGAAGAACUUCCCAGAUGACUGGACUUGGGAGCGCUUCACGGUGAUUGAUGCCGGCAACGGGCAGGUGGCCUUCCACAACAGCAUUCACAACAGGUACCUGAAGAUGAACGGCGACCGAAUGCAAGUCAGCCCCCCCAAGGCUCCAGAUGCCUUCCCCUCUGAUUGGCCUUGGGAACGCUUCUCGGUGCUUCCUGCUGGUCACGGUCAGUUCAUGUUCCACAACUCUGCGCACAAUCGCGCGAUAAGGAUGACAGGUGAUAAGGUGGAUGCCAGUGGCCACAUGAACCCGCACGACAUCCCGGCUGAUUGGACUUGGGAGCGGUUCCAGAUUGUGCCUGUAAAGCCUUACUUGCAGCCCGGUACUGUGGUGGCCCUGCACUGUGCCAUUCACAACCGCUACGUCUCGAUGAAUGGGGCUGCACUCCAGCGAAGCCCAGAGAUGGGCGUCAACGACCUGCCAGCCUGGUGGGACUGGGAGCGCUUCACCGUGGUGGAUGCCGGCAAUGGUCAGGUCGCGUUCCACAACACCUUCCACAACCGCUUCCUGGAGAUGAGAGGUGCAACCAUGGGAACCAGUCCUCCCCACGCUGUGUCUGACUUGCAGAGCUCGUGGACCUGGCAGCGCUUCACGGUGGUGCCUGCUGGGAACGGUCAGUUUGUGUUCCACAACACCCUCCACAAUCGCAUGAUGCGGAUGUCCUCCAGCACCAUGGACAGCAGCCCCGAAAAGGCACCGCAGGACCUGCCAUCGCCAUCAGAGUGGACCUGGGAGCGAUUUCGCAUCGUGCAGGUCUCCGACGCCAGCGAGACAGCAAAGAACGUUCGUGCGACCUUUGAUUGA